AUGGAGCUGCUGGUCUUGGACUACAAAAUCGGCAGCUGGGUCCUCGUGCCCAUUGUGCUGCUCGUGCUGCUCUGCACUUUGCUGCGCCAAAAGCUGAUGGAAACUUCUGCAAAAACAGACACCCAGCCCGACAUGGAGGACCAGUUCGUCUCACCCCACAGCGGCCUUUGCGGCGGUGAAGAGCCAACUGGCUUUUGUGCUGCUGCAGGGCGGAAUGGCAUAUUUAAUAAACACUUUCUUUUCGGGCUUUCAAAAACCCCCUUCAGCCUUCCUUACAAAUUCAAGGCGAUGCUGCAGCGGGGAGUUGAAGUGCCUUUGCUGGACGUCACUUAUGUGUCUUCUUUGUCUUGGUACUUCCUGGUGAUGCUGAGCGUGGGGGGGGUUUAUUUUUUGAUAAAUGAAAUUAUGAGAACUCCAGAGUCUUCGAAGCAAACCCUAAUUGACGAAAACCCCACGGCCAACCUCCAGGCGGUCUUGGGGCUGCCUCCUGGCGGCCCGGCGGCCCUGAUGCCGGCCAUGGGAGCCCCUGAGCCAAAAAAGCUUUUCAAACAAGAAAGAGACGCCCUCCAAAUUGUUCAACCGACAGACACAAUGCUGCAGAUGCCUCUUCGGCUGCUGCAGCAGUGGCAGCCAGACGGAGGAAGCAGCAGCUUUUAA